AUUUUUCUUCAACAUUUCAUCUUUCUUAUGGUUUAUAUUACGUGUUUAUGAAUUACUACUAGAAAUAAAUAUGAAUGGAAAUCUUUGGUGGUGUUUCAACAAUCUACUGACGAAGAAUUUAAAAGAUUUCUUGAUUAUAGCAGCUCUUAGUAUCUCAGUUGAAAGUUUUUUUUUGGAAUUGGAUAAUACACGAAACAUAUGCUUAGAAAUUUUGGAUUACCAUAAUGAAAAAAGCAAACAUUAUGAAACAGCGAACAAGAUUAUUUGGUUAAUCGACGAAAUGCCUUCUAAUUAUAAUUUUUUCGGCUUAUUUGUAUUGGAUGGAAAACUGCCGUUUCGUAUUAUUGCGUUGUUUUCCACUUAUAUUGUAAUUUUAAUACAAUUUGUAUUUAUGUAGGUUUUACGAGCAUGUCCGAACUAUGAUAGAGG